AUGGGUCAUUGCCGCUUGGCUAUCAAUGACUUGACUCCUGACGGCAAUCAACCUAUCCACAGUGAUGAUGACGUCGUUCAUGCAGUGGUCAAUGGCGAGAUCUACGACCAUGAUCGCAUCCGAGAAGACUGCAGAGCAAAAGGCUACGUAUUCAAGGGACACAGUGACAGUGAAGUGAUUCUUGCGUUAUACAAGGCUUUCGGCGCACCUCGGUUUCUAGAGCAUCUCCGAGGAGAAUUCGCUUUCGUGCUUUACGACGAGACGGCGGGAAAAGUCAUCUUGGCGAGAGAUCGAUUCGGCAUCAAGCCAUUGCUGUGGACUGUUGUCCGGCAGACUGAUGGUGGUACCAGGCUUUUGGUUGCCCCAGAAGCAAAAGCUUUCCGACCUUUGGGAUGGAAGCCGCAGUGGGAUGUCGGUGCGAUCGUGGAUGGUGGAUGGAUGCAAGACGGAAGAUCAUUAUUCAAGGGAGUCAAGAAAGUGCCCCCGGGGCACUGGAUGGAGAUAUCGAGAGACGGCGUGAUGCAGAUACACCAGUACUGGGAUGCUGAUUAUAAAGACAAAACGGAGGGAGAAAACCGGAGCGUUGACGAGAUGGUCCAGGGUCUGCGAGACGAGCUGACAGAAUCAAUUCGUCUCCGCUUGAGAGCUGAUGUUCCGAUUGGCAUUUACCUUUCGGGGGGUAUCGACUCGUCUCUGGUUGCCGGGAUAGUAACUCACUUGGUACGAGAUGAGGGCAUCAAAAUUGGCAACAAAGACGCGACAAGCCGGAUCAGCUGUUUCACAAUUCAAUUCCCCAAGGAAUCUGGAUUUGAUGAAAGCGACAUUGCCGAGCGAACAGCAGAGCAUCUUGGCGUCCAGAUUUUAAAGAAGCAGAUUGACGAAAAUGAGUUGGCAGAGAACUUUGCCGACUGCGCUUAUCACUGCGAGCAUCACCACUUCGACUUAAACUGCGUCGGAAAGUUUGCUCUCUCGACCUUGCCGAAUGCAAACGGAGUCAAAGUUGUGUUAACCGGGGAGGGUGCCGACGAACACUUUGCCGGAUACGCAUUCUUCCCUCCAGAUUUGCUUCGCGAGCCCGACCUUUCUAUGCCAGACUCGCCGCUGGUUGCCGACUCGCAGCUCAGAGAAAACAUGCAAAGAUCCACCGAGCGGGAUAUCAAGAUGCUCAUUCCUCGGGCUGGCGCUUUUGAGCACGGUUGGGAGGCAACAGCAGCUCUCCAAAAGGUUAACAAUACCAUUCUUCCUCCAUGCAUCCUGGCAUGGCACCCUACCCUUGACUUAUUCGCCCCCUGGGUGCGGGAGGACAAGCGAUGGGCCGACCUUGACUGUAAGGAUGUCAUAGUGAAAUCCUUCAAGCCGGCGACAUUGCAAAAGAUGCAGAGGAAGUGGCACCCGCUACAUACAGCUCAGUACAUAUACAGUAAGGGCCCGCUACCGAAUAUCCUGCUAAGCUGUCUCGGUGACUUGACGGAGAUGUCUCAUAGUGUGGAGGCCAGAACGCCGUUCCUCGACCACAAGCUAACAGAAUACGUCAACAACUUACCGCCAAGUCUCAAGAUGGCUUACACACCCGACAAGGUAACCCCUGAGCGACACCAAGGUCCUUGGUGGGAAGGUAUCGGCGUCGCGUCACAGGCGUUGACCGAGAAGUGGAUCCUUCGAGAGGCAGCUAAACCAUUCAUUCUGAAAGAGUUGUAUGAGCGGCAAAAGCAUCCGUUCACAGCCCCUAUCAAGUGGCCUAGAGGCGGACCGCUUCACAACAUGCUUCUGAAUACCCUGACUAGAGAUAGAGUGGAGAAUCUCGGCUUCGUGGAUUAUGAUGCGGUAGAGGAUGCCCUUGAUCGUGGCUUUGGUGAGAAGGCAGAUGUCAAAGCUUUUAGGAUUUUACUUUUUGUUGCUGCUUGGGUGACGUUAGGUGAACGUUUGGGAAUCCCAAAAGCCUUCCUGCAAGAUUGGUGUUAG